AUGGCAGACCAUGGUGCUGCAUUUAUACGCGUUCUGACUCGAUCAUCAAGAGAGAGGAAGAUCGAAGACGCGACAGACGACGAUUCAGGCUUUUCCAUCGAAGAUAUGGAGCCAAAUGUGGCGGUGGCAUCUCCUGCUCGCCACAACGGCUUGAACACCAAUCUUCGGGAAAUCCACAAUGUGGAAGAUGCCUUCCGAGAUCUUGUGAGGCGGGCCCUUCUACCAGAGCCUGCUCAGGACCCCCUGCCCAGCCUGUGGGUUGAGUGCAAAAGCAUUCCCCCUUGA